AUGCGACCGUCGUCGCGGACGGCGUCGUCGUCGUCGUCGUCGCGCGUCCUCCGCGCGGACGCCGCGAGGACGCGCGGCGGCGUCUCGCGGUCGUCGCGCCCGGACGGCGGCGUCCGCGUCGCGGGUCUCGCGCUCGGCAAUCUGUCGUUGCUUCUCCUCGCGCUCCUCCUCGCGCUCUCCGCGCUCGCGACGACCGCGGACGCGACGUCGGGGACGUACGUCGACGUCACGGUGUCGUACACCUCGCAAGUCGCGGGGCGGUUCGGGUACCAGCCCACGCAGCGCAGCGGGCAGAGCAUGACGCGCGUGGAUUCGACCGCGUCCGUGAUGUUCGGCGGCCUCGCCGCCUCAGGGGUGUUAAACGACGUGUGGGAGUACAACCACUCGACCGGGUUCUGGACGCGUCUCCACGCGGGCGGGAGCACGCCCGCGGACGCGUCCGCGCCGACGGUGCCGCCGCCGCGGGUCGGGCACGCCGCGGUCGUGCUUCAGGGCGACCUGUGGAUCUUCGGCGGGUACGACCCGGACGCGGGUGACAUGAACGACCUCUGGAAGUUCGAUCGAUCGGAGGGGACGUGGUCGCAGGCGGCGCCGCUCGGAGGCGGCGCGAGCGCGACGACGUGGCCGGCGACGCGAAGCGGCGCGUCCGCGACCGCGUCGGACCCCACCUCGGGGACGAGUUUCGUGCUGUUCGGGGGUAACUUGAAGAACGACGUGUGGAGCUACGACGUCUCCACCGGGGCGUGGAGUCUGUUGAUGAACGAGGUCGCGAGCACGUCGGACGCGGCGGCGGCGUUCGCGAGGUUCUCCGCGGCUGCGGCGGCGACGCUGGCGGCGGUGUCGUGCGCGGCGCUCCUCGUCGCGUGA